AGCAGGAUCACUGAAUGUUUGGGAACAGUCGUGAUUGACACAACGACAACUUCAGAGGUGUCCUGAGCUGGCGCAGUCUGUACCUGGAGUAGAUUUCUUUUUAUUUGCUCUAUUCUAUGGAACGACAGAGAUCUUAUUUAGAUGCAUUACUGGAAAAGCGUUGUUGUACCAUACUGCGUUAAUCAAUAAGAUUAUUUCCCAAUCAAUUUAACCCUAGAAAAGUUUCUUUCGCCAUGGCUCUGCUAGCUAAUAUGCGGAGACAUAGUUUGCGCAUGCAACAGCAGCUUCAUCGAUGGAGUAUCUGUGUACCGGACGGAAGUCACCUGCUGAAUGAUGGCCUACGACAAUGCGAAGAGGCUGUUACCCGCGUAGGAACAGACGAAGACGAGAAGUACAGGGAGCGCUGGAGUUCAAUGUCCACUGAUUCUGGUAUUUCGACAGAGUCAAGCACUCCAGCAUUCACCGUGGUGAUGCUUGGCGACCCGGGCGUGGGGAAAACGGCUCUCACGGGUAUUUUUGCCGGUGACACGGACAGUCUUGCUAUUGACAGUGAGAUGUUUGUUGAGGAGGUGUGUGAGAGAACAGUUCUAGUUGAUGGAGAAAGUGCUACAGUGACACUGGUGGAUUCAUGCAAUACUCUGGAAGAAGCUGUGUCUGAAGUCUGCUCUGUGGAUGCAUUUCUGCUGGUGUACUCCAUCACAGACCGUGCCUCCUUUGAGCGUGCCGCUGAGUUGCGCAUCCAGAUCCGACAGGCCGAGGCUUAUGCCAACACACCCAUCAUUCUGGUUGGCAACAAGUGUGACUUGGUCCGACGCAGGGAGGUGCCCAUCAGUGAGGCGCGUGUGUGUGCUGUAGUGUUUGACUGUAAACUGGUGGAGACGUCUGCCCUCAUGCAGCACAAUGUCUGGCUUCUGUUUGACGGCGUCAUCAGACAACUGCGUCUCCGUGGCAAUAGCAGCGAUGGUCCCUCCCACCGGAAGGGGAGUGUUCCAGAGCGAGCUAAGCGCUUCAUACACACACUCGCCGCCAAGAGAAACACACACGCCGCAUACACACUCAAGUCCAAAUCCUGCCAUGACCUGUCAGUGCUCUAGACCCUGUGUGUGCGCGUGUGUGUGUGCGUGUGCGUGUGCGUGUGUGUGUGUGUGUGUGUGUGCGUGUGUGUGGGGAUGUUUGCUUGUAUAGUUACAUAAAAGCAUGUGUAAUUCCAGCGUAUCUGCAUGUGUGUGUGUAUGUUGCUGUAUGUUGUGUCAAAGACUCCAUUACAUGCAGUCCAUACAGACUACAUUAGUGAUAGGAUAACCACCUGUCUUGAAUUUCCAUGACAGAGUGACCUUUGCACUUUCCUUAAGUUAUCCUUUGAGAGUAGGACAGUGUGUCUCUGUGCAUGAGAUUUUUUUUUAUAAAGUUGUAUUUUUAUCUAAAACGUUUCCUUUAAAUGUGUACUGUCCCUUUUGGUUUAAAGCACUGC